CGCCACAUUCAAGCGUAAACAAACCGUUGUAGAGCGGCGAGCUGUGAAAUCGACUGCCAAAUAUGUCGAGGCCGGAGGUUUACCCGUUUGAUAAUAUUUCAGCAGCAAGCCGCAACAGCGAGCAGGAUCCGACAGAAGCCUCGAGGCAGCAGCUAUCCGAGGACGGACAUCCGUUCUCUUUUAGCCCGCAAAUUGUCCGUCUUCACAGGGAGCACGACAUGUUUGAGGACGGAGAUAUCCACAGACACUUAUACCUGCAGGACCUCUAUACCUCGGAAGCAGAGGACAGAACAACACUCAGUGUUUCAGAAUUUCCUUGUCACAUCUCCGGCUGCAGUGCACAGUUUAGUUCGCUGGGAGAGUAUGAGCAUCACUACAACUCCUUGCACAGAAAUGUCUGCAGCUCCUGCCGUCGCUGCCUGCCCUCUGCCCGUCUCCUCGACAUUCACAUCCAGGAGUGGCACGACUCUCUCUUUGCUGUCCUUGCCCAGAAGCAAGACAUGUAUCUGUGUUUGGUGGAAGGCUGUGGACAGAAGUUCAGAACUGGAAAACAAAGGAAGGAUCAUCUAAUAAGAAUUCACAAGUAUCCUCCUGACUUCAGAUUUGAUAAACUUAAAAAGGAAAGAGGAAACAAAGGUGGAAGAGGUCAGGAGCAGAAAGUAAAAGUCAUCGAGGCUGUAAAUGACGUGUGUGAGUCUGAGGGUGUUUGUGAGGUUCUGUGCAACCCAAUGUCUGACCAACCUGAGGAGGAAGAGUCCAUGGAGAUUUGUGAGAAAGAAGCUCCCCUCAUGGAGGAUAUGCCCUCUCCAGUUCAGGAUUCAGAAGUGAAUGCCCUGCCAUUAAAUCCUCAAUACUCCCGCAGGAUUCCUAAAACCGUGUGCUUUGGUCACGGAUCAAGCCGAAGCUUCAGAGGUCAACGUGGACGGAAGAAAUGAAACAUUUCCAUCAACUUUCCUCUUCACUGUCCUGAAAAAUUCUAAAUAACUUGCCUUUCAAACUCUACAUUUGGUUAAUUUUGUUCAUUUAUGUAAUUAAAGGUUUUGCAUAACAGAAAAA